AUGAAUUACCUGAAAUCGAUUACCUCCACCGUCCUCAGCUCGACGGGGGUGACCACCUUCCCGUUCACCAUUGGCGAAAGGAUACCGGGGUUGGAGUCUGGGGCAUCUAUAUGGGAUAUCAAAGAAGGGACGAAGAAGGACGACGGAACACCUUUGACGCUCUUCAUCUUUGACUCUACCCUGCCACCUCUGCAGCCGGGGAAUAGGGACAGGAAAGCUCUUCUUCAGCUGGCCAGGAAUGCUCUGAAGAAGCUGAGGACGAUCCGGCAUCCUGACGUCGUAAAGUAUAUCGAAUCGGCCGAGACGGAUACGCACGUCUAUAUAGCGACAGAGCGGGUCCGACCACUUCCUGGUGUGCUCCGGGACUGGGAUGCGGGAGGGCGCUUGUCAGGAGCUAGAGGCAAAGGGAAGGAGAACUGGGUCGGAUGGGGUGUGCGGAGCAUAUCGAACGCUUUGGCCUUCCUCAAUGCCUCACCCCUGAACUUGCACCAUGCUUACCUUCUCCCUUCAACGGUAUUCAUCACCCCGGCGAUGGAAUGGCGAUUGGGCGGAUUCGAGCUGUUGACAGGGAAAGAUGACUCGGCUGGUGUCUUAUGGGGACUAGGAGGACUCGCACCGGGGGAUGUAGGCGAACGGAGCGCACCAGAAGUACGGAAAGGCGGAUGGACUGUGCUCCGAGACGCCGACCCCUCACAGUCCGACACUUACCUCCUCGCCCUCCUCCUUUUCUCGCUAUACAACCCCGACUCCCCUCUCCCCAACCUCGCCGCCCAGCCCACACCUUCCUCAGCCGGCUCGAUCCCCCGCGCCCUCUUCCCACUUUGGAAACGGAUGCUGAACCCAAAUCCCCGCACUCGACUAUCCACCACCGCCUUCAUCGCCGAAGCCACCUCGGCGGGCUUCUGGAAUGACAAUCCCCUUACCUCCCUCGUGGAGUCUCUUGACGGGUUCGAGCUCGCAUCAGAAGGCGAGAAACUCGCUGUUCUCCGGACGAUCAAGGACGCAGCUACGGCCGGCGGCCUUCCCGCACCAUUUACGCUGUACCGCGUCCUCCCGAGUCUACUGCAUUCGAUAUCUUUGCCUACUGCGCCGAGCGGUGCGAUGCUCCCGCUGGUGUUGGAGCUGGGGAAGAUGGUCCCUCCUGGCGAUUAUCCGAAGAUGGUGCUGGAUCCUGUGAUCAAGCUGUAUGCGAGCCCAGAUCGGGGGACGCGGAUGGCGCUGUUGGAUGGGCUAGGGGAGUAUGCGGACAAGCUCGACCAACGAACGGUCUCGGAUCGGAUAUGGCCUCAUCUGAUCACUGGGUUCGCCGAUACUGUCCCGGUCAUCCGAGAAGCUACCGUCAAAGCCAUCUAUCCCAUAUCCUCUAAGCUCAACGACCGUAUCCUCAACAACGACCUCCUCCGCCUCCUCGCUAAGACCCAAACAGAUACUGAGCCUUCCAUCCGAACCAAUACCUGCAUCCUCCUCGGCCGCCUCGCCCCCAUCCUCGGGCCCAACACCAAAAAGAAGGUCCUUGUCCCUGCCUUCGCGCGUUCGUUGAAGGACCCAUUCGUACAUGCCAGAGUGGCGGGAUUGAUGGCGUUCAUGGCGACUGUAGAGUGCUUUGAUCGGGAUGAUUUGGCAGGGAAAGUCAUUCCGAAUAUGGCUUUCGCGAUGGUGGAUAAGGAGAAGCUGGUAAGAGAUCAGGCGUUCAAGGCGAUGGGGAUGUUCAUGAAGCGUAUAGAAGGCAUGGUGGCUGCUAUGCCUGACUCUGUCUCCACAGACGACCGCUCCCCUACUUCUCUUGGACCAACAACGACCACCCAAAGCGCCUCCUCCUCUUCAUCCUCAGCGGCCGUCUACUCCGCCACGGGCGCAGCAGGUGCUCUCGCCGGCUGGGCCAUCUCAUCACUCACAAAACAGCUCGCCGCUGCCGAGGUCCACUCGACACUCUCCGCACAGCCAUCCAACCCGGGCCUUGCACCACCGAGUAUCGCCUCUCGCGCGGCGUCACCUGUAAGCUCCGCGCCUGCUACGCCCCGCCCCACUUCUGACGCCGGACAUGGGGGUGCGCUCGGUGCCGCCCCAUCCAGGCCAGCUUCGGCAGUCUCGACCUUUGGGGCUGGCGCUGGAGCCAGAGCUUCAGGCUCGGGAGGGAUGAAGCUAGGCGGGGUGAAGAAGGCGGAGAAGAAGUCUGCUCUGGCGGAAUUCACGAGUGAAUGGGAUGAUUCCGAGGGGGAUGAGGUGGAGAAUGCGUGGGGGAAUGAGGAUCUCAUUGAUGUCAACGCGGACGAGGAUGAUUGGGCGGCCUUUGAGUCCGCGCCUGUCCCAGAGAUCGUUGUCCCACCACCUCAGAACUAUUACGCCUCCGCAUCGACAAAUGGCCGGACUCCAACCUCCCCACCAGCUAGACCAGCGCCGACCUCUCGAUCACAUUCAUCUUCCCAGCCCUCAACGAAACCAGCGCAGACACGACCCGCCGCCUCGGUUGCCCCUGCCCCCGCGCCCGCGCCUGUGGCUGUCUCGCACGGUUGGGACGACGACGACACGUCCUCUGCACCCUCACCUGCUGUGGUGGUCUCUCCGCCGCGACCCACCUCGGCUGCUGGGGCCUCGGCUGCGAGUUUGGCGACUAUGAGCAAGGAGGAGAAGGAUAAAGAAAUGGCGAGGAGACGGGACGAGCGGAAGGCUAGGAUAGCAGCCAUGAAGGGUGGCAAGGCGGGCAAGUAG